AUGCCCUACCUUGCACCAAAAUUACUAUACACUUUCCUAUUCGCAUGUCAAGGUUCAGCCCCGGUCUAUCUCGCUCUCUUUUAUUCCUCUCAACUCGGUCUCAAGAGUGAUCAGAUCGGUCUUCUUGUCGCUAUUGCACCAUUCAUUUCUGCCAUUGCUUGCCCGUUAUGGACAUCGUUAGCCGAUAAGACAAAGACCCAUCGCUAUAUCAUGUGCAUUGUUCAUACGCUUGCAACACUUGCGAUCGUCAGCGUCAUGGGCAUCUCGGUUGCAGUACAACAUAUCGAACCCGAAGGUGAACGAAGCAGUGUAACAGUGGCCUUGGUUACCAUCACAUCCGUUUGCUUUGCAUUCUUUGGAGUGCCUGUGGGUCCUUUGGUGGAUGGUGGAGUGCUCAAGAUUCUCGGUCGACACAAGGAUCAAUAUGGUCGACAGCGAAUGUUUGGAUCUAUUUCAUUUGGUGUAGCAUCUUCGUUGGUGGGCUUUAUUACCGAUUGGACAAACGACAUGAACGCCAUCUUUUACGUGUAUGCAAUCUCAGCUGUUUGUUUCAUUAUGGUGGCAGGAAGCACGCAAUUCAAAACGGAAAAGAUUGAUACUCAACGAGGCCAGUUGCUUUUACGACCUCCUCAAUUCAAACCAUCUUUUAAUCGAACGAUCGCUGCACCACGUCCUUCCCCAUCUUCAUCAUCGUCAACCUCACAACAGCAGCAGCAACAACAACAACAAAAGCAACAAAGGAAGAGGAUAAAACAAUUUCAACUUGAUUAUGACGCCUAUGAAGAUGAUGAUUUCUUUACCGAUGGCAUGGAAGAUGAUAUGCAAAUGCGUCAAAAUGAAAUUCAGCGACUGAUCCAAUUCGCUACGGAGUCCAGCAUCAUUGAAGCCGUCAAUUUAUCGAAUCCACCAGCAUCUCGACGCCGUUAUUCCAAUGUCACCGGUACCGAUAUGGAUGAAGCUGCCAAUGCUGUCAAUGCAAGAACACCUACCAAUGUGAUUGAACUCUUGCGUGAUCCACGUGUCCUCCUCUUUUUCUUGACCAUGAUGCUUAUGGGUGCUUCAUUGAAUAUGGUCGUCAGCUUUUUAUUCAUCUUUCUCAAACAAGAUCUCGGUGCAAGUUCAUCCGUCGUUGGUUUGACAGGCUUGGUUGGAUCCGUCACAGAGUUGUUGUUCUUUUUCUAUUCAAGAGAUCUCAUUCGUUUAUUUGGCAUCAAGAGUCUCAUCAUCCUCGGUCACGUGCUUACCAUCAUCCGUAUCUUUUCUUAUACCAUUCUUCCCAAAGGACCCAGUGGGGCUAAUAUUGCUCUGGUAUUGCACUUGCUCAAUGGUGUGGCAUUCUCGGCAUUGUGGGGUGCUGGCGUUGUUCAAGCGGAUGAAUUAGCUCCUCCAUCACUACAAGCAACUUCUCAAGGUUUAUUGGCUGCCAUGUAUGCGGGUGUUGGUGCUGGCUUGGGUAGUCUGAUGGGUGGUAUCAUUUACCAACGAGCAGGAGCCAAAAGCAUGUUUGCUACAGCCAUCGGGAUCACCACGCUAAGUCUUGAGUUGUAUCUUGAAGCCAACACACGCUGGGGAUUGAGUGACAUGAUCAAAUGGACGUAUCGGAUGACGGUGCGAAUGUAUAAAUGGACACAACGAGGACGAGGACCCGUGCCAAGAUGGAGUGGACCUCGUAGUAGAGGACAUAUUCGACUUGAAGGAGAAGAUGGCGACGACGACUACUAG